AAAUGUGCGUAGAAAUCAACAACAACAACAAAAUGGAAAUCAUCGCCAGCAACAACAAAAAAUUCACCGCUUCCUAUAGCAUCAAAAAGUUGCUGAAACAACUUUUCAAACAACACAAAUCCCAAAAAUUGGUUCAACUUCAAAACAUGGAAAACACCAAGAAGGCUGAAUCCUUGGAAUCUCUUGAAUCUUUGGAAAAUCAAUGCAAUGCCCAUCUUGAAUAUGAAUCUGCCUCAAUGGAAUCCUAUGAAAAUGACAUCAAUGAACGUCUCUCGGCCAAGCAGUUGUCCUAUGAAAUUGAAGAUUACGAUUUCAGUGAAAUCAAUGCUGUCGUACCAGUUCACUUCAUUCGCACCGCUGAAGGUACUUUCUUUUGGACCACCAGUUCAGAUAUACCAGCCGACAAUGAUUUGGUUCAACCCAUGAGCUGCUCCACCUACAAUCAAUUGCCUAGCUGCAUGCAAGAUCGUUGGGCUCAAGCCUAAAUUUGUCCUCAUCAUCAGCAACAGUUCCUG